AUGGCGUCCAGAAGAUUGUUCAAGUCUUUUUCGGCAGCCAUCAAGGCGCACAAUGCUUUUUCCAGACCCUCUCCCCAAUCUCGCGCUUUCUCUGCUGCUGCUUACUUCAGCUCGACUGCCUUUCCCAAUUCCUUUCUUUUCCGGCCAAAUUCCUACAUCGGAGUUUCCGGAAACGGCAUAACUUCAGUCACUCAGGCCGCUGCUCUUGGCCAACUGUUACCUCAUUCUUUCCACUUCCCUUCUCCGCGCCGCUUCUCUGCUAAGGUUCGUGGUCGGUUACAUGUGGAUUCCCAGUUUAUCCCUCUUUUGACAAGGAUGGAGAUUAUCAUAGUUUGCCUUUUACAAUCUUCCCUCUACGAUGUGCAUUGGUACCGUAUUUCCUAA